AUGGCCAUUCUCCACGAGCUGGACCUGCCAGAGGGCAGCUGGUACUCGCCCGCCGAGAAUCUCGAGUCCCUGGCACCCCGCGCCGAGAGCACUGACCUCGUGGUAACGGUGGGCGGUGACGGCACCAUCCUUCGGGCGGUCCGGUUCACUGCCCCGGCCGGCAUUCCCAUCGUGGGCAUCAACAUGGGGCGCUUGGGUUUCAUGACAGAGCUGACCGUGGACGAGGCCAUGCCGAAGCUGCCCGGUUAUCUGUGUGGCAAUCACCGCAUCGACGCUCGAAAUAUGCUGCAGGCAACUGUUACCCAGGGUGGCUCUACCAUCAGCCAGGGUCCAUACCACGCGCUCAACGACUUCGUGGUGGCCCGGGGUGCUGCCUCCCGCGUUGUCUCCAUUGCCGGGGUCAUCGAUGGAGCCCAGGUAUCAACCUUCCGCGCCGACGGGCUGAUUCUCUCCACUGCCAACCGUCAAGCACGGGAUCCAACUGGCGUCGCGGCCGAUACUGGACCCGGAAUCCGAUGCGGCUGUGUUAAAAAAAAAGACCGUGGCGGCCCACAUGGGCCUGACGGGCUUGCGCUGUUUUUCUUGUUCCUGCGUCCGAAGUGGAGGUUUCUCUUCAGCUCGAGAGGUACCAGGCCGCCGUGCUCAGCGUAG